CGAGUAUUUUUUUGUUCUUACUGCACACUGAGCCAAAAGUGAUUCACUGACGCCAUAAUGUUGUGUGUUGUCCGUAUUUAAAUCCGAAAUGGCGCCAACACUGGCCAAUCACCACAAGAGGGCAGUGUAUAACAGUGCAGAGCUUCCCUCUGCUCGGGUUCUUCCCCUCCCCUUCCUGCUCGACCGUCUGUUACAGGUGUUUGUUUGUUCCCCACCAUGGUUGUGUUAUUUCAACCUAAUAUGUCUGAUAAUAGACCUACAUCCAUGUUCCCCACAUCGAUGGUUCCACAGUUUACUUUUCUAAUGCUAUUAUUCCUCUGACUCGGCCGAGACUGCGAGUAGUUUUGCCGCGUUGUUGUCAUGGACACAGGAAAGGAAAGAGUGAAGCAGCAAACAUGGAGUCCAGCUGCAAGUGACACAAAAUCCAUAAAGGAUCGUUCAAACUUCACAAGCUGCAGCUGAAAGCCAUGAACUGCAGCGGGAAGUGAAGGUCAGGUCUUUGCGUUGGAGGUGAUUAAAUUGUGAUUAGCUGAGAUUUACUCAUCCCUGGAGCUAUAAAAGCCCCUGGCUCCCUGACAGAAGGCACCAUUAGGUCCAAGAACUCCAGGAGUUAAGGUUGGUCUCGCUCGUCUGCAGUCAUGAAAUUCUCCCUCGUUGCCGCUCUUGUUGUUGUGCUGGCUGUUGCCCACGGCUCCGAGGCCGUGUCACUGGUGAAGCGUGACAUCCAGUCUGAUGUGGACAGGAUCACCAAGCUCAUCAACGACAUGUCUGCCAGCAUCACCACCGCAACCCAGGACAUGGUGGAGAAGGUGAAGGCUCUCGAGGUGACCAACACUGCUCAGACUUACAUGGAGGACAGCAGGGCCAAGAUCCAGCCUCUGGUUGACAAGGUCCAGGCCGAGGCCGCCAAGCUGCAGGAGCAGGUCAAGCCCUUCAUUGCCAACAUCGAGGAUCAGAUCAAGCCCCUGACUGAGAACCUCAACGCCCAGGUCAAGCCUCUGACCGACAACUUCCACACCCAGGUCAAGCCUCUGACUGACAUGAUGGAGAAGUUCUUCCAGCAGGUGAUGGACCAGACCAAGGCCCUGCUCCCCCCUCAGUAAAGCUGCUGGUUCGUUCCAGCUACAAUAACACCCAAGGGCUAGGACUCACGUUUGGUUCUACCCAGAAUGCUUCACUGGUGUUUGUCUGUCGUACUCCUCCAUCUUGAAUGUCAUCAUUAAAGGAGUUUGAAAGUCAUUAUUCUGAGCUGACGUAUUAUUUAUUUUUGGCUUGUAUGGGCCAUAUUUGAUUUGCUUUCAUUUGAGUCCAGGGGUUAAUUUAUGUAAAGCCAAAGGGCAAGUAAUAAAGUUGAAGUGAAAUAAAUUUGUAGCAGAAUCUGAUGAGAGUUGCUCAUUGAAGCAAAUGUCAAUAUCAACAUUACCUCUAACCUUUGGGUCAUUGAGGUUUUCCAUCAUUCAUGGUUCAAUAUUCAGAAGUAGGCUGUCAAAUAUAGGUUGGGGUCCAUCUUACAGCAUGGAUAAGACCAGGCUGAUGAGAUUAACCCUUUGAGCCAAUAAUUAACCCAAUACACAAUCAGAAUGAUAACAAAUCUGUCCAUGUGAAAACUGAGUCCCACUUCACCUGUGUUUAUCACAGCAACCUUAAAACCCGGGGGGGUUAAGAAAAUAAAAUCAAGAGUUAAGAAAAUAAAAUCACCUCCAGAAGCAGCAGAUUAAAAACAACAGAUGCAUUUUUAUGUUUAACUCACUAUGUGGCAAAGUCGAUCAAUAUCUCAGAUACACCUCAAAUAUAGCUUUAUCCAUAUUCUCCCAAGAACCAACCUUUGCAUGAGCAGCACACUUUAAAGCUGUGGAAACAUUAUCAAUUAUAUCUUUAACACAAUGAAGACUGUAUGUUAUUAAAAUGACCUCACAACAACAUUCAGUUUCUUAUCAGUCGAAUUCUGUGUGAUGUCGUCUCAUACAUCACUUACCACAGACCCUGCAGAUACGAGUCUGGAUUCAUUUCCUGUACAAAAGUCAAUUUGAAUACGUAAAUCUCUCUAAAACCUAAUUAAAAAGGUCCAUUAAAGAUCUGCGAUGAUUUUUAAACUCCCAGUUAAUAUUAGCCUCUUUGUUAUCUACCAGUAACUCUGCUAAAAUUCCUCAUUGUGGUAAAGUAUUUUUCAUGCAGUUGGAAAUCUACAAUUCAAGCAGUCCUGUCUGACCCACAGUUGUGUGGCUUCUCUGAAUUUGAUCCAGAUUAGUCAGUUGUGCACAACAGCGACACGACAGAGUGGAAUUACUGUUACUUUUUCUCGGAGGGCAACUGGAGCACUUGGUUGUUUUUCCUUUUUUUAUUAUGUCAGAUUUUGAAAGACAUUUUAUAGACUUGGCCUGAGUUCAA